GGGUUGUCAUGGAGCAGCACGGCCGGGCUGGCGCAUGCGCCACCUGACCCGCAGGUUGGUCGUGAAGCGGCGACCUCGGCCCUAGUCUGUGCCAGGAAGCAGAGAUGACACAGUGGGUGACAGCGUGGUAACUCAUUUUCAACCCCUCGUCAGCUCAUGAGCAUCUGUCUUUAUUGGAAAAUAACCCUGAGGAGGAAGGAAAAACCCUUCUGAGGUUUUUGGACUUUGCCGUCCGUCCUUGCGGCACUGGGUGUGAGAGCGCCGAAAUAGACACCAUUACUCGCCCCUCCUGCGGAGAGCCUCGUCUGCUGCCUGUGUGCAUGGCACCCCAGAUGCAUUCGCCUCCAGCCCAGUGAGACAUGGAGAGGAAGAACCCACCCAGGGAGAGCCCCCGGAGGCUCCCGGCCAAGCUGGGCAAAGGCGCAGAGGUGAAAAAGGCGCCCCGUCCACCGGGCACGGCCGCUGCCGAGUCAGACAAGGACUCUGGAUUCUCAGAUGGGAGUUCGGAAUGUCUGAGCUCGGCCGAGCAGAUGGACUCCGAGGACGUGCUGGGUGCCUUGGGCUGGAGCCGGCCGGACAGGCCGAGGCAGACCUCCAAGACGGCUGGUAGCGCCUUCCCCACACUGUCCCCCAUGGUCGUCAUGAAGAACGUGCUGGUCAGACAGGGCGGCGGCUCCUCCCAGCUCCAGUCCUGGACCGUCCAGCCCUCCUUCGAAGUGAUCUCAGCACAGCCGCAGCUGCUGCUCCUUCACCCGCCCGUCCCGUCUCCUGUCAGGCCCUGUCACGCUGGCGAGAAAAAGUCGGACUCCAGGAACUACUUGCCCAUUCUGAAUUCUUACACCAAAAUAGCCCCACAUCCGGGCAAAAGGGGCCUGUCCCUGAGCCCCAAGGAAAGAGAGCGUGGAACGCAGAAGAAAAUCCGCACCGAGAGGCCCGGGCCGAGCUCGCCUGCCAGUGAGCCCGCCAAGACUGGUGCUGUGUCCUCCAGCCCCCCGCCUGCGGUGCCCCCCAGCACCAAGCUGGCAGAGGACUCAGCUCUGCAGGGCACGCCCUCCUCCCUAGCAGCAGGUGGAAGUCCACAGACUCUUCAGCCGGUGUCCAGCAGCCACGUGGCUAAAGCUCCCAGUCUGACCUUUGCUUCCCCCGCCAGUCCUGUCUGUGCCUCAGACAGCACUCCGCAUGGGCUGGAGAGCAGCUCCCCGCUCUCACCGCUGCCAGCUAAUCACGGCUCGCCUCUGUGGGCCUCGGAGCACCUCUGCCGCAGCCCAGAUAUCUUCGCGGAGCAGCGGCAGAGCAGACACAGGCGCUUCCAGAACACCCUGGUAGUCCUGCACAAGUCUGGCCUGCUGGAGAUCACUUUGAAAACCAAGGAGUUGAUCCGUCAGAACCAGGCCACUCAGGUGGAGCUAGACCAGCUAAAGGAGCAGACGCAGCUCCUGGUAGAGGCCAUCAAGGGCAGGGCUCCUCAGGCCUGGGCCAAGCUGCAGGCGUCCCUCACGUCAGGGUCCAGUCAUUCUGGCAGUGACCUAGACGCGUUCUCUGACCGCCCAGACAUGUAGCACAGAGGGCGGGUCUUCCUGUUACUUGAGUGGUUCUCUUAACCCCUUGGCUGUUACCAUACUCCCAUUUCCCAAAGCUUGUAUACGAGCUUCUCCUUCUAAUCUAAACUGUUCAGCAGUUCACUCAUGAGGCCACCUGCCAGUACCUGGCUGCUGUCUUAACCUGUGGUCUAUGCACAGUUUACAUACGUCUGUUCUGCUGAGGACCUCAGCUUCGGGGUGUCCUGGAGUCCCCCUUCCUUAGCCUGCAGGCACUCAGAUGGAUCUCGGGGCAAAGCAGGAGAGGAGUAUGGGAGGUCCUUCUCAUUGCCGCCCCCCCACCAUCCCACUCACCCCCCGUGAUCAGAGGUGCAGUGGCAUGGAUGAGCAUACAGGGUGGUGCCUGUCAGGCCAGGAGUGGGUGACAUAAGGAUCCCUUCACAGGUCUUCCCUGAAUGUCUUACAGAAAAGUGAGAGGAAGUGUGUCUGCGUUCCUGAGGCAUCUCGACAUCUGAGUGAACCCGAAAUGCUCUGGGCACAGGUUGGGCGUAGGGUGCGAGCACUUAAUCCCUUAAAGCUUUGUUUCCUAAGCCUGAAAGCCGGGAGGAAAGGGCAGUUCCAUCUCACUCUUACACUUGCAUCACGAACCAGGUUUCCCUUCGCUUAACCUGGCAGGCAGGCAGGCAGCUGCAGGGUUUAAGGUGCGGAAGAGGCUCGGCACCGCCUGGCAUCACAGUGGGCGAGUCACUCCUUGGACUUCGAGUCCGAAGACAGACAUGGUCAGUAUCUCUCGGUCAGGAGCGGGAAGAUUCUGGCACUCUGUGCUUUUCUUCUUUCUCCUCUCGAAACAAUGCAGCCAGUUUUAUGUGUUAAUUUUUUUUAUUUUAGAGAGAGAAACAUCAGUUUGUUCUUCUACUUAUUUAUGCAUUCAUUGGUUGAUUCUUGUAUGUGCCCUGACCUGGGAUUGAACCCACAACCUUGGUAUAUUGGGAAGACGCUCUAACCAAUGGAGCCACCCGGCCAGGUCUUACGUGUGAACAUCUUAAGGAUAGCUUCAUGGUUCCUGAGAGUAAGUAGCAUAAGUUAACCCUCUGCUGCCACUUUUUUUUUUUUUUUUUUCCUAAAAGAGGGAACAAGUGAUUAUUAAGCUUGAUGGAUUUGGGAGUAAAAUCAUCCUGAGGUUACGAGCUAUAGGAGCCCACACACUUGGGGAACAUCCUGUCGGUUUUCUUUUGGCCUCCAGAGCCUUCAUUUCUCCCAUGUGCCACGCUGUGAUGUGGUACAGCGGCGGGGCAGCGUCUUCUGUGUUUCUUCCGUGCGUUGGAUGUUGGCAGCAAACCCAGAGGGGGAGUGUUGCUCUUGUGAAAUUCAUCUGGGGAUGCGGGGUGUGAUGAGAGUUUACAGGUGAUGCACAUUCUGCAGCUUCGUUGUUAAGGUCAACUAGAUUUCUAAUAGUGAAGUUGCAAAGCUUUUCUCAUUUAAAAAUUUCAUCCUCUUAAAAAUCUAAGUAACAACUUCUGGAUGACCAGCUUUUCUGCAAGGAAAAUGUUCUUGAAGCUUUACUAAGGCCAGACAGAAGCUAAAGCUCGUAUUUGCUAGGCAGUGGUAACUCUAACAUAGUGGAAAAAUUACAAAGCUUUGGGUUGCCUACACUCUGUUCUCAAACAUGCAUGAGUUAGGUGAUACAGACAUAGAAAUAAACGACUUGGUAAAAUCUCUGAACUCUCCUGAUCAGUGCAGAAUUACUACCUGCCAUUUGCUUUCUGAAAGAGUUUCAAAAAACCAGAGCAACUGUGUCUUGAAGCAGACUCAGCGACUGAGCAGUUUUGCCCUGGCCUGCCCCUGUGCCUCCCCAAAUCUCUGGAGCUGCAGCAGCUCUGGUCUGCGCACCACGCCGGGAAGCUUCCUUUUCGAUCGAGUGUGCUUGGCAGCAAAGCUGUAGAGACGGGUGCACUCAGAACAGCCUGGGCGAGAGUCGUGAGUCUUAGUGUCAAAAAUCUGAACAUAGUUGCUGAGAACCAGAUUUAUUCCAUCGGAAAAACCCUCUGUGGAGCUAUAAGCCUCUCGGACUCUUCUUCCUAGAUUAAGGUUUGCGUUUCCCUUCCUGUCCCGGUGAAAGAUGAUGGAAGCCAUCACCGAUCCUCACUGCCGAGUGGCAGGAAGCAGCGGCACCACUUGCAGCUCUUCUCUGCUAUGGGUGCUGGCAGUUUCUCUGGGCUCUUAGCGUGGGUGCUCCUGCCCUAGGGGAGCUGUAGGCAGGUGAAGCCAAGCAGAGAAGUUAGAUCUCGGAAGGACAGUCCAGUGAGACUGGCAGACGUUUGGGGCCAGGAGCCAGGUCAGCAAAUGGAGGAUCCUGGGAGCUGACCCGGAAGACCCUUGCGGGUUGCACACAGCUGUAAGCAGCAAUGGUCUUCUCGGGGCAGAAUUGGGUCCCGUGUGACGCCCGGUGGCAGAGCUGCUGUUUGCUGGAAGUGAGACGACCUGAUUAGCUCAAGCCAGUCCUUAGGAGAACUUCUGGCAGGUUUUGUUGGCAAUAUUGAAACACAUCUAGAAAAAGCUGCUGAUUGAAUGGGAUGUGGGGAUGUAGUUUAAUGACCUUGUAAUUUAUUACACUCUAAUUGCUGUUUAUUGAUCAUAGUAUUGUCUGACUUGACUCUGAUUCCUCCAGCAGCAGAGUAACUCUCGUGCAGAUACUGAAGUGCUUUUCCAGCUAUGCAUUCUUUAGGGUAGAGACUUACUUACCAAAUGUGAAUCCUCUUGAGGAAGUAUGAAGUUUUGUAGAGAUUGACUGUGAAUUGUCAGAGAAAAAUAAAAGUCACUUACUUGAAAACUA